AUGCCAUUGCAGAAUCCAUUUUCGCCGUCACGGAUUCGACGCCGUUUAAGUCGCGAAACCCUGGACAGUGAUAAAACUUCGCCGGAGAGAAGCGGUAAAUUUGGAUGUCGAAGUGCUGCAUUCCAGCUGGAUGAUGAAGCAUCACCGAGCAAGGAAAACAGACCGUCUCCAUCGCGAUCCAAGAAACGGUCAAACCGGGUGGAGGAUCAGAAGGGCUUUUCCUCUCCUACUCGCAAUAGCUACACACUUCCAAAAUCAAGCGAGAGAAGAAAAGACACUCCCACUGGAACCCUUCAAUCAUCGCCUCGUUGCGACGCUCGUGAGGUCGCCGCCGUCGUUUCGCCGGCCUUGCCGUACAGCAAAGACUUUGGCAGCUUCGACCUGACUCUGUGCGAGGCCGAUGACGGUCGAUGUGUCGUGCUCGUCGAAUACGAGGACAGGGUCUUCCUCAACGGGAAACAGAUCUACAUCACGCUCGAUGGCACAGUCACAGACAGGGACGGCAUUCCAGACGAUGUUCUUCAACGUAGUUACGAUUGCGUGCUUCAGGAAAAACGACGCUCGCGCAAAACAGCUAGGGGCACAUCCACCAAGAAAGACAACAAUGGCGGUCAAAGAAGGGGAAAAGCUCGGAGUAUUUGCAGAGACGAUGAACCUGACAUAGCACCAAGUCGCAUGUCUCGAGCCAAAAAGCAUGCCGCUCGUAAUGAUGACAGACCCGACAUUCUCACAGAGAUGGCCGACAUCGAAGGAUCAUUCAGUGACAUCAUUGCCCGGCUGUGUGAGGCUAUCCUCAAGCAGAGCAAACGUCGUAAAAACAGGAGACAACCUGGUGAUCAACAAGACGGUCAUUCUUACGAAAAGAUCUCAAGCCAUGUCAAUGCCACUCUGGACCGCCUCAUCGAUCAGUUCCAAUCGGUGGUCGAGCUCAGCGCAAGCAUCGACGAGGACGGUGACGAGGCGAGGAACGUCGAUGUCGAUGACGAGGCAAUGAUUGAAAAGUGGGUGGCAGAGGCCUUCAAGGAUAAGGAUGGUGAGAAGAAGGACAAGCAGAAUGAUAAGCCAAAGAAGGAGGAUGGCCAGACUGCCAAAUCCACAAGAAAGGCAUCAGGUUUGCGCACCGUGGGGACCCAGAUCAAAGAAAGGCGUGUAGAGAAGAGGGAUAAAGGAGGACAAACAGAGCUCAUAAAAGAGUUGGUGGAGAAGUUUGACAGGAGUGAACAGACGGAGAAGCGAUUUACUGGCAUGACUGUGGAGGAGAAGCUGCUCAGGGAGCUACGGGACGAGAAUCGUCUGCUCCAGGGAGAGAUCUUCGCCUUGGAAUCGGAAAUGCGUGAAAUGCAGGAGCAGCAGCAGGAGCUGGAAAAGCGAUUCGAAGAGGAGACGGCCGCAAAGCUGGCAGUGAUGAAAGAGCUUGCCGAAAUAGUCGGUAGUAAAACCAAAAAUCGGGACGGGUCGACUAACACUGUGAACAGAAUCGGUGACAAUAUCGAAGAAGAGCUCGUCGGCACAAGGAAAAAUGAAGCAACAUCGACAACUUUCAUUGCAAAGUGCACGAUCAGUUCAACAAGCAUCAAUAGCCUAUCGAGCGUCACUAGCAGCGAGUCAGAAACUGCAAUUGUUGAGGAGGCCAACGAACCUGGAGUUGGCAUGCGACAGAGGAGCCGUGCUCUGAAAUCCGAGAUUGGGAGACUGAGGAAUGUGUACUCAGACGUAGAAGAACAGAUUUCCAAAUUAGCAGAAGAAAACACCAACCUUCGACUUCACAUGGGGAAGCUGAAUCGGGAGGCAAAAGAUACGAAGAAUCACAUGGAGCAAACAGACCUUGCUUGUGAAGAGUACAGACGAGAAAUAAAAAAUCUUGAUAAAGUGAAUGCACUAUUGGAGAAGAAGCUGGCAGAAAUGAGCAAAGAAAAGCUGUUUGUCGGAGAGAAACUGGAUGCAGCGAAUGAUGAGUUGACCAAACUUGACGUAGAUCGCCGGAGAGCCGAGAGGGAGCUUGCAGAAGUGCAUAAGAAACUGGAAAAUUUGACGAGAGAGAAGCAAAGGUUGAGUGAGGAGUUUGGAAAACUGGAGAAGUCUCACUUGGAAGUGAGCACCAAAUCAGCAAAGUUAUCGAAAAUCAGUGCUGAAAGUGAGGUGCAACUGGGGGUCCUACGAGGGCAGAUCGGAGAUAUGACCAUCGAGACGAAUCAACUCUGCGGCGAAAAUCAGGCAAAUUCAGAUGCCAGGCAGAGGGCGGAACGCGAGAACCGAAAGAUGGAGUCUGAACUCAAAGCAACUCGCAGGAUGAACGGGGAACUCUCUGGUGAAGUGCUUCAGAUCAGAUCAAAGAUAGGUGCCCUAGAAGACGCUGUACGCCAUCUGGAAUCGGACAACGCCCAACUCAUGCAGAAGAAUGUGCACCUGGAAGCUGGCAAAGAAGCAUUCGCGAAGCGGGCGUCCGACGCGGAAGCUAGCAACCAAAUGAUAUCCGCAAGUCUUAAGGAUUACGAAGCAGAGCUGUACAGGAUCAAGAGGGAGAACUUUGAGUUGCGGACAACGGUGGAACAGAUGAACAUGAUCAACACAAGCAUUCGAUCACGAUUGGACAAUUGGGGCAAAGACAGCGUGGAUAUCGGGAAGAGAAUGAAGCAAAUAGUCGGAGUCAAAACAGAGCUCCAGAGCUUCAUCCAGCAGCUGAACUCGGUCAACACGAACAUCGAGGAACGUUUCGAAAAGAUGGACUCUGAAUACGCCGACCUGGAGCGCAAGUUACAGGUAGUGGGCAAGGACGACAAAGGUGCGGAGGAGGCCGGCGAUGUAUGUGGAGCCCAAGGCCGCAAGAGUUCACUCGUUUUGCUAGAAAUUGACUGA